AUGGCGGCGAAGGCGCUGGAGGCCGCGGCGGCGCUGGAGGCCGCGCCGCUGAAGAAGGUGGAGAACCGCAUCACCGAGGCGCAGCGCUUCUCCCACCUGCCCCGCCGCGCCGCCGUGGACCUGCAGUUCGCCGAGCUGUCCUUCUCCGUGCGCGAGGGGCCCUGCUGGCGGCCGCGCGGCUACAAGACCCUCCUCAAGUGCCUGUCGGGCAAAUUCUGCCGCCGGGAGCUAAUUGGCAUCAUGGGCCCCUCAGGGGCCGGCAAGUCCACGUUCAUGAACAUCUUGGCAGGAUACAGGGAGUCGGGAAUGAAGGGGCAGAUCCUGGUCAACGGGAGGCCGCGGGAGCUGAGGACCUUCCGCAAGAUGUCCUGCUACAUCAUGCAGGACGACCUGCUGCUGCCGCACCUCACCGUGUGGGAGGCCAUGAUGGUCUCUGCUAACCUGAAGCUGAGUGAGAAGCAAGAGGUGAAGAAGGAGCUGGUGACGGAGAUCCUGACGGCGCUGGGCCUGCUGGCCUGCUCCCACACGCGGACAGCCCUGCUCUCCGGCGGGCAGAGGAAGCGCCUGGCCAUCGCCCUGGAGCUGGUCAACAACCCGCCCGUCAUGUUCUUCGAUGAGCCCACCAGCGGGCUGGACAGCGCGUCCUGCUUCCAGGUGGUGUCCCUCAUGAAGUCGCUGGCCCAGGGCGGCCGCACGGUCAUCUGCACCAUCCACCAGCCCAGCGCCAAGCUCUUCGAGAUGUUCGACCAGCUCUACAUCCUGAGCCAGGGCCAGUGCAUAUUCAAGGGCCUGGCCACCAAGCUGGUCCCCUACCUGAAGGGCCUGGGCCUGCACUGCCCCACCUACCACAACCCCGCCGACUUCAUUAUCGAGGUGGCCUCUGGCGAGUACGGAGACCUGAACCCCAUGCUGUUCCGGGCCGUGCAGAGCGGGCUGUGCGCCAGCGAGAAGAAGAGCCUCGAGAAGAAUGCGGCCCCUGACCCCGGCCCCCCCUGCCCGCUGGAACUGGACCCCAUAGAGAGCCACAGCUUUGCCACGAGCACCCUCACCCAGUUCUGCAUCCUCUUCCGGAGGACCUUCCUGUCCAUCCUCCGGGACACGGUGCUGACCCACCUGCGGCUCGUGUCCCACGUGGUGAUCGGUGUGCUCAUUGGCCUCCUCUACCUGCACAUCGGGGACGACGCCAGCAAGGUCUUCAACAACACGGGCUGCCUCUUCUUCUCCAUGCUCUUCCUCAUGUUCGCCGCCCUCAUGCCCACCGUGCUCACCUUCCCCCUAGAGAUGGCAGUCUUCAUGAGGGAACAUCUCAACUACUGGUACAGCCUCAAGGCCUAUUACCUGGCCAAGACCAUGGCCGACGUGCCCUUCCAGGUGGUGUGCCCCGCCUUGUACUGCAGCAUCGUGUACUGGAUGACGGGCCAGCCCGCGGAGACCGGCCGCUUCCUCCUCUUCUCGGCCCUGGCCACGGCCACGGCGCUGGUGGCCCAGUCUCUGGGGCUGCUCAUCGGAGCCGCCUCCAACUCCCUGCAGGUGGCCACGUUUGUGGGCCCGGUGACCGCCAUCCCGGUGCUCCUGUUCUCCGGCUUCUUCGUCAGCUUCAAGACCAUCCCUGCCUACCUGCAGUGGAGCUCCUACCUCUCCUACGUCAGGUAUGGCUUCGAGGGUGUGAUCCUGACCGUGUACGGCCUGGGGCGCGGGGACCUGGCCUGCCCGCUCCGGGAGGAGCGCUGCCCGCUCCGGGAGCCACAGAGCAUCCUCCGAGCACUGGACGUGGAGGACGCCAAGCUCUACGUGGACUUCCUGGUUUUAGGCAUCUUCUUCCUGGCUCUGCGGCUGCUGGCGUACCUCGUGCUCAGGUACCGGGUCAAGUCGGAGAGAUAG